AUGAUUCUCGACUCAUACUCGCUCAUCCCUAACAUUCACAGGGUGGUCAACGGCGCAUAUGAUGAAUACGGUCUUCCGAUUGCCAGCGUUGCUAAGGACAUCUACUCCAACACCGUCAGCAACCUGUUCCAGGCAUACCUAGCUGUUCGAGAUCGCGACCUGAAGCCCGUAGUGCAGCAUGACUUGGACGAGUUCAAGAAAGAGAUCAAAGAUCUUUCUGUAGAAACAGCCUCGAGAAACUACAUAAAGCAGACUUUCGAACGGGCUUUCAAUGAGUCGAACUUGUUCGCCAAGAUAUUCAACCUGGAUUUGCAAUGGAGUUCGGAUCCCGAGUCUGCCUAUGCGGUCCUCAAGUCUAACAACAGAUCACUGGUGAACCCUGCCAAUCUCGUUCACCUGGCCACGAACCUGCAGGUUGCGCUGCAAAGUACAGACUUGGAUACGAUCUGCAGCGUUGUUGGCUGGCUGACCAACGAGUACCUGGUCCUCGACUACGAAGAGGAAGAGUCUCCUUUUGCACGCCAAUGCCGAGAGCUCAGCGCCAGGCUGUUGACGGAGCAUUUGUGGGUGUUUACAGACAACUUCUUCGAGGCGGAGAUUACGAAGACCGUUACCAAGGCUGCAGUGAAAGACGACGCUCUCACUAUUGGGCCUGUUGUAAACGGUGUCUCUUCGUCCAACGCCUACCCAACGGUUAAGCAAGCGCUGAAGCUGCUUUCCAUGUACGACCAGGCCAUGCCAAAGGAGCGAAGCCAAAAAAACAACACUGUGGUUUUCAAAAUAGUCCGGGAGACGAUUCACAUCCUUCAACGCGCCGAGGCUCGCAUAAAGUCCAUCAAGGCUGGCACAGACCCCGAUCUCUUCAUGGUCAAGAACCUUCUUAUCAUCAAGAAUGAGCUCGUCUCACUCGAGAUCGGCGAUAUCCGCAGCGACGCCGCUGCCAUGCAGCAUUUCGGUCAUAUCUGGGAGCACUUGAGCCCCCAGAACUGGGUCGGCUUCGUCAGCAACAUCAUUAGCGUCGGAUCGCUCUGGUCGCGUGGCGGCACGCAACAGCCAUCCGUCACGGCUAAGACGCUGACGGUCGAGGAUAUGAGCGAGCAGUUGGAUGAAUUGCUGAGGCAGUCCAUUGUCGCUUUCACGCAGCGCUGGGGCAAGUUGACAAAUGACGCGACUGAGCGAAAGCCGGGUGUGAAGCCGAUUGGAAAGGUUGAGAAGGAACUGGAAGAACUGCUGCAGAGGGCUUUUAGCAACCAGCCCGAGGUUAUCGGGAAGCUCAAGGAGGCUAUUGAGAUUAAUGCACAAGCGCAAGGGGCAGCAAAUGGCGAGAAAAAGGGCAUCAGACGGUACUAG